AUGCAUGAACGUGAACGUGAGGUGGGUGCCGUAUGCGAUCCGAAUAAUAAGGAGCAGGUAGAGGCACCAAAGGUUGAGUCACCUCGAGGAGCAAAAUCACAUCCAGGGAGCCAAGUUGAAUUCUAA